UAGAGUAGAGGACUGAACCCUGAGUCCACCCCUUUUUGCUUCCUGCCUUGCUACUCUUCCCCUUUCAGCCUCUCCUUUUCAUGAGAAACUACUGAACUUGGAGGAAAGGGACCACAUUUCCAUCACCAUGGCACUCUUUUCUUCCCUCACCCCAGUCUUCAUAGCCAUUAUAUGUGUUUUGAUUGGGGUGAUARUGAAGAAGACUAAUGGAGAGAAGGAAAAACGGGACACUAAAAGCAAGGAUCCAUCUCGCCCAUGGGUGGAUGAAGAUUUAAAAGAUGGCACUGACCACCCCUUAGAAGAAGAAGAGGGUGAUGAAGAGUGGCAAGGACUGGAGGAAAAUGUUGCCCACGUCCCCUUCACUGGCGAGCGCUACUCUGAGGCUGAAAUGAUUAAAAGGUCACAGGCAUUUUAUGAGCUUCURAAUAAGAGGCGCUCUGUCAGGUUUCUCAGUGAUGAGCCAGUCCCCAGGGAGGUUAUUGAUAAUGUCAUCAGAACAGCAGGUACCUCACCUAGUGGAGCACACACUGAGCCGUGGACCUUUGUGGUAGUGCAAGAUCCACAUUUAAAACAUAAGAUACGUGAAAUUGUAGAAGAAGAGGAGGAAAUCAACUACAAAAAAAGGAUGGGUGACAGAUGGGUUAAUGACCUGAAAAGAUUGAGAACAAACUGGAUCAAAGAGUACUUGGACACUGCUCCGUAUUUGAUCCUCAUUUUCAAGCAGGUAUAUGGGCGGCUUCCAAAUGGCAAAAAGAAGACCCACUACUACAAUGAAAUCAGUGUUUCUAUUGCCUGUGGUAUCCUGCUUGCUGCACUGCAGAACGCGGGGCUGUACACGGUGACCUCCACACCCCUCAACUGCGGCCCCCAGCUCCGGGUGCUGCUGCAGCGCCCGGCGAACGAGAAGCUGCUGCUGCUGCUCCCCGUCGGCUAUCCCAAGAAGGACGCCACCGUGCCAGCGCUGACUCGGAAGCCGCUGGAAGACAUUAUGGUGGUGAUGUGAGCCCAGGGCAGGAGGAUGGAGUGCAUCCCUGCUGGCAGCUGCAAUUGUCCCUGCUGUUUCUGUGCGUUGUCCCGCUAUGUCGCUGUGUCUCUGGCUGUUUACACCUCUAUUUCUUUUAGUGCUACUAAUCUGCUAUCAGCAGUGAGCAGUCAGGCACUGUGCCUUUGGCAGCUGCUGCUCCCUGUAUGGCCAGAGCGUUGUUCCAGGGGAUGUGUACAAUGGCAUUUCAAUGACUUUCAUCACUUGAUUUUUCUCAUGCAUUGUGGGGACAAAUCUCUUCUUGAACUAGAAUAUAUAUUUUCCUUAUACUAUUGUGAUUGCCAUUGCAGAGUCAUUUUAACUUAAAGAUUUUAAUGAAGGUUGUAUUAAAAGUUACAAUGAGGUCAAAAUCA